UAAAAGCAGAUGAUUUUUCAAUGUUCCUACAAAAAAGAGCUCUGCAUCUUUAAAAUUCUGCUGUGCUGUCUCUCCUACUCUCUGCUUUCACUGCAGGCAGUGUAUGCUCUGCAGCAGCUGGCUCAUUCUAUUAAUAAGGUUCCGUUAGUCAAGGUGGAGGAUGGGAGCAGAAUGGAACUGUCCCAGCUCCUCAAUGAGAUCAGGGCAAACUAUGAAAUGCUCAUCACCAGAAAUCAGAUAGAAACCAUCCUCUCAACAAGAACCCAGAUAGAAGAAGCUACUAGUGAAAGAAUGGACAAAGAUAAAAAAGCCUUAAAGACUGCCAGAGCAGAGCUCAGUGAAGCCAGGCGACAAUGGCAUCAUAUGCAAAUUGAAAUUGAAUCUCUUCAGGCUGUGGAAAGAGGUUUGGAAAGUUGUCUGCAUGCCACAGAGCAGGAGUACCAGACACAACUGCAGAAUUUAAAAGCUAAAAUUGAAGGUUUAGAGAUGGAAUUACAGCAAGUGAGGAGAGGGAUCGAGAAACAGCUUCAAGAGCAUGAAGUAUUACUGAACACUAAGAUGAGACUGGAGCAGGAGAUAGCAACGUAUCGCAGUUUGCUGGAGAAAGAGGAAAACAGGCUUUAUUGUUCUACAUGUGAUACAAAAGAUGUCAGAAAACCUACCACUAGCAAGACAGCUUUUAUUCCACGUUCAACUGGAGCUAUAAAGAAGCAAGAAGAUGAAAAGGCAGAAAUAGUGACAAAGCCAGCUAUCUUAAAUGGAGGUGGUAUGAAGGAAAGUGCUGAAGCUCAUGGCACUAUACAGACAGAAAAAGUGGAUGAAGUUAUUAAAGAAUGGGAAGGAUCUUUCUUUAAGGACAAUCCUCAUUUAAGGAAAAAAUCUGUUUCUUUGCGCUUUGAUCUUCAUCUAGCAGCAACAGACGAUGGAUGUUUACAGACUAAACAGAAUAACCUACCCGACAUUGAAGUCAGGCUAGUAAUGAGAAGGUCUUGCAGUAUUCCAUCUAUCAAACCUUAAACUGCAGCAAAAAAUCUCAAGGGUCAUUUAGGAUGAGUAUUCGAAAUAAAUAAUCUACAGGGACCACACAGCUUCCCCUUAUGUUGUCACAACUAUGAAUGUUACUAAGCAUAUGCUUUAAUAAAUAUGAACAUUGUGAGGUUCUCUUAAUUGAAAGAAAGUAGGGUAAAGGUAUUGUAUUUCAAGAAAGAUAACUCUUACUCAUUUUUUACUCUUUAUUCAUUUGGGAUUUUUUUCCAAAAAACUUGCUUUGCCUUCUCGAAUUUCAUCAAAUAUUUAAACACUGAACUACCAUUUUAUCUUUACAUCGCUUUUGUAGCCAAGAACCUCACAUAAUGAAAACCGAUCAUUUUGUUUUCUUAGUUUUUCAAUAUAACAAACACAAUGAACCCUCAUAUCACUUAUAAUACAAAAGUAUCAUGCUGUGAGGUGCACAUCUAAAAUUAUUUUUAACUGACUUUUUCUCCUAUGCAUCCAUGCACAUAUUUUGUUAAGACUGGUUUUACAAGGAAGUAAUAUUGAACAAUAUCAUGUCUUUGAUUUUUAGGGAGAAUUCCCCAUUAAAAUCAAUUCAGGGUUUUACAUGAAAACUGAAGAGCUGAUAUACACCAUAGAGUUUACUAUAUCUAUCAGUUUCUCAUUUUCUUUCUCUCUGAGUUCUAGUGAAAUAUAAAGAGCAAAAUCCAGACCACUCUGUAAUCAAUAGGAGAUUUGCAACUGAUUUAAUCUGAGCCAGGAUUUCACUUGAUAUGAAAUACAAAAUACUAGACCUAGUCCCAAAAGUCCUUCUUGCAUGAAAUUUCAUUACUUCAUUAGUAGUUCAAAACACAAAAGUCUUGUAGGAUCAGCCCCAUUGUGUAUAGGUUGGACCUUCCUGGUUCAGCAUUCUCGGGAUCUGACUGGUCCCGAAUGAGGGAUUUUGGCAGACCAGGGGAGGUCAUAUCUGCCACACAGUCCUGGACGUGCCUCAGGCUCCUCUACUCUGCCGGUUCCCAUCCUCCCUUGCCUGAUACACCCAGCAGUCCAGAUGGUGCACACAACACAGUCCUGCUGCAGUGCGUGCCAGGCAGCCCCGCUGGGGCACUCUGGGUCCCAUUAACACUCCCAGAUCCACCAGGCAGCCACACUGAGCAACUCUGCAGGGGUGCACCAGGCUUCCAGCCCUGUUAGGAAGCCUAAUUAGGGCAUGCCAGGCAGCUCAGGUGUGGGGAGCUGGGCUCCUGGCCUGGUUGGCCACUCACUGCCAGCAGCCUGCAGUCCUGCCAGCCCAGAGGGUUCCUAGACACCAGCACUACACCUUAACCUCAGCCUCCUGGACCACAGAUGUGCCCAGACAAGAGACUACCGGUUUACAGAGGUUCAACCUGUACUAGAAAUAUCAAUAGGCUUUACGAUAUAGUAGAACCUCAAAGUUACAAAUUGAGCACACAACUAUAUAUCUCAUUGGGAACUGGAAGUACACAUAAUCAGGCAACAGUGCUAAAUAUAAACUACUGAAAUAGUAAAAAAUGUUAAAAAAUUGACAACAUAAGGAAACUGUUCCUGUACUUAUUUCAUUUAAAUUAAGAUAGCUAAAAGCAACAUUAUUCAUCUACAUAGUGAAUUUUCAAAGUUGCAUUAAGAUAUUUAUUGUGUAUUUUAAAAUUAGCAACCAUAAUGUUUUGUACAGUUACAAACAUUUCACAGUUAGAAACAUCCUCCAAACCAAAGGUGUUCCUAACCCUGAGGUUCUACUGUAUAGGUAUUAUAUAAAUAUACUAACUAAAAAAUCCUAGAACUGCUUCUCCUUCUGGACUAAUAUAUCUGCAUUAUUAGCUGAGCAAUAAGUAAAAUAGUUCCUUGAAGUUGUUAAAAAUGUGGCCAUCCCACAUAUUUGAAAAUACAAUUAUUUUCAUACCUCUCCAAAUGUUCCAAUAAGUGUUGAAUUAAAGGAAUUUGUAUAAAAUCCUUUUAAAAAAAGUAAUAUAUGCUGUUGGUUUACAGUAUUUGGAAUAUCAUUAUUAUGCCUGGGCUUAUUUACUGUAUAGCUCAUUAAAUUAUUCAGAUAAAGACUACAAAUUUAAGUCAACAUUUUACUAUGCCUUUAAUGGUAUCUUUCACUGCUAAUUCAAAGCUAAAUGAGCAAACCUCAGCUGUUAAAUAGCUGUCUUUUCACAGGAAAACAGAAAUAUAAAUAUGUACACACAUUUUCUUUAAUAGACUAUGAAACUAGGUUUAAAAAAUGUAUGUGUUUAGGUAAGAAUGACAAUUUACUUGUGAAGAAUUUCAAAGGUGUUGGCCUUGCAAACUAAACUCUAACUGAAGUACAGAGAAAAGCCGGUGUUUCCUGCUGUUCCAUGUUAGCAUGUCAAAAUUUUAUUCAGGUGUCAGCAAUUGUUCAGUUACUUAUGGCAUGCAAAUCAGGUACUGACACUGUAAAUUUAAUCCAGUAUUUAGUUAACUAUUUCUGACUUGGAUUAGUGUAAAAAACAUGCAUUUUUACUCCAAGCCAUUCUUCUAUAUUUAUUGUACUAAGCCAACUAAUUAACAUUAACCUUAACAGUCAAAUAUUGAGCUGGUGUUAAUGGAAUACUUGGCAUCCUGAAUGUAAUAGCUUGUCCUAGUAAUUCCACUAUGCAGCUUUUUUGUGUUUAUAAUAUUUAUCUUUUACAAUACUUGAAUAUAAACUAAAAUAAAACUACUUUGAGGCACUUUGAACAGGGAUAUGAAGUUACCAAAGUA